CUUGUUUACUGCUUUGUUUAUUUAAUUGCUAUUUUAAUGCUUUAUAAUCUAUUAGCCUAGUUUAUUAUAAAUUGUUUAGAUCUAAUCGGUUCCCUAGCUCCUUGUGGAUUCGAUCCAUAAGUACUCUAACUCGACCUCUUUUGAUGAGAGUAACACUCUUUAGGGUAAUUUGAGUGAUAUCAAAUUUGGCGCCGUUGCCAGGGAGCUUUGAUCGCCAUUAGAUCUUUUUAGUUAGAUUUAGUUUAAGUUUUAUUAUUGUUCGAAAAAAAAGCGCAUUACAUACAUAUCAAUACCAGAGCAAUGAAGAGAGGAUUUCUGGGUCCUUCAAGGAAGGAGCCUGCUGGUCUAUGCACGAUCCAUAAGUCUAAGAGGGAAGUAUCGAUCGACACCCUCCAAGCAGCAUCGACCGACAUCAUACACCAUCAAUCGAUCGACACCAUUCAUCCGACGUCGAUCGACACCAUUCAUCCGACGUCGAUCGACAAACGACAAGCAGCGGUGAUCGACAAAGCCAACAAAUUGUCAAACAACACUGUUCACCGAGGUACUAUUCAUCGAGGUACUGUUCAUCCAGGUACUGUUCAUCAUAAUACUAUUCAACGCGACACUAAUUAUCUCCCGUCGAUCGACACUGUUCAUAACGUGUCGGUCAACACUAUUCAUAUUCCGUCGAUCGAUACUGUUCAUUCCGUGUCGGUCGACACUAUUCAUCUUCCGUCGAUCGAAACUGUUCAUAUUCUGUCGCUCGACACUGUUCACCCAAACACUGUUCACCCGAACACUGUUCAUUCGAACACUGUUCAUCGUGAUACUGUUCAUCCGAAUACUGUUCAUCGUGACACUGUUCAUCGAAACACUAUUCAUCGCGGCACUGUUCCUCCAAUGACGAACACCACUUAUGGAGAGACAAAGAAGGUCGAAGCGCUCAUACUUAAGAUUGACAAGAAAGGUAUUUGGCGAGACGAAGAAGGUUGCCAUUGCAGCCUCACAGGACAAUUGAUUAAUGAUGCAGGUAGUGUAAUCCCUGAUGUAAUUGUUGUGGCUGAGACGAAUACCUUUAAUUUCACAAGUCAAUGGUAUGAUUGGGGAAGUGAGGAUCCAUUUAACGGUCUUCCUCCUGAGGAUCCCAAAGAUCUUAUCAAGAGACUUGAGGAGUUAGUCUCAGCAAACAAGCACGAUGAAAUAUCUGCAGACCACAUUAUCUGCAAAAUUUUCCCCUAUUGUUUAUCUAGAGAUGCUUUUAGCUGGUUCAGUAAGCUGCAACCAAGAUCUCUAACCUGCUGGGAAGACAUCAAAGAAGCCUUCAUAGGCAAAUUUUUCAGCGAGGCUGUAGCAACUCGAAGUAAAAGGCUUGAAAAGAUGAUUAAAGAUCGGGAGAAAGGAAUAAUGAUUAGUAUGAGUUAGAUUCUUGACUUCAUCUACAGCGAGGAGAAUGGAGAUAUUGGAACACCGACAACUCAUGUCAAGCAGCCAGACAUUCAGGUUCACCAUGCAGAUGAGAGUAAGCAGAAGGACGAACUGAACAGAGAAAAGCUGGUCAACCAUGAUACAGUUAAGGAUGAUGACUAUCAUGUAUCAGGAGAGCAGAGCAAAGUAGAAGAAGCUGAUACAAAAGAUCUGACUUCAUCAUCGAUCGACAGUAGUAACUCAGAAUCGAUCGAUAUCCGCACUUCAGAAACGAUCGAUACAGAUAUUUGUCAUCGAUCGAUACCUUCUACAAACCCUGAUGCUACCACUGUGUAUGUUAGGACUGGACGACCGAAGGCAAUUAGAGACUAUAACAGUCUUGAGGAUGCCUAUGCUAAAAGGUCUGCAUUGCGUUGUUCAGCACUUCAAAAUACUGUCCUUGAGCUGCACCCUGCAUAUAUCUCUCUUGUGGGUCAGCAUUCUUUCCAUGGUUUUCCUCAUGAAGAUCCCACUAGCCACCUCGAGACAUUUGUAGAUCUGGCAUCGACCAUCAAAUGCAAUGGAGUCUCUGAAGACUACUAUUUAUGCAAAUUAUUCUCAUACUCUCUAGCUGGAGAAGCAGUAUAUUGGUUCAGGAAGUUGCCACUAGGAUCUCUCACUACCUGGAAUGACAUCAGAUACGCCUUCCUCAACAAAUUUCUCUAUGAUGCUGCAUCAAAUCUAGAGAUUGAGAUAAGGUCUAUGGUGGAGGAUGAUGAGCAACAUGAGUCUUGAAAGCUGAGCACAGUAGAAGUAGCUGAUAUUAGUGACACGAGCUCAUCAUCGAUCCACACCCUUACCAUAAUAUCGAUAGUCACCCCCACCUCAUAGUCGAUCGACCCCAGUACCUCAGAAAUGAUCGACACAGAGUUUUGUUAUCGAUCGAUUCCACUUGAAAUCCCUGAAAGAUCGAGUUGUCCUCAGGACAUUGCAAACUCGACACAAGAGAGCAUCGAUGAAUCAAGCUGUGAUCUUACCUCAGAUGUCGACAAAGUCACUCUGAAAGACUUUCUGGAGUUGGAAGAAUGGCUUCGGCAGAAGCUUGAUGAUCAGCCCGCUUCGGGAAAAGGUCUGGAAAAUUCCUUAAAGGCUGACGACAUCGACCGACAUAAACCUGAUGAGAUCGAUCGACACUCACCCUACGACAUCGAUCUGCAGUCGCCGUCUAACAUCGAUCAACAUAUACCUGACUGUAUCGCUCGAUACCCACCCGAUUGCAUCGAUCGACACCCAUGUUUGGAUGAACUAUCAGGAUACAUAAUUGAACCAGAACUGGUUGGAAAAAAAAGAACACACGUCUGGAGCCUCACACCUUGCUGUCCCCGAAAAUCUAAGACCACCUCUAUGCGAAGAAGAAGCUGUUGGGAUUUGCAAAGGAGUGAAGAGGAUACAUGAUCCUGUGAAAUUUGUUGUUCCAUAUGAAAUGUUUGAAGCUGAAUCUCCUAUCCCACCAGAUAAAAGUAUGGAGUUAAGUUCCUAUGGUGGAGUAUUUGAUGAUAAUAAGUACGUAGAAGCUUCUUAAAGAGGGCUGCGAUUUAGAGAUGAAGUAGAUAACUGCCCAGCAGAAGUACCAUCGAGCGACAUCAACAGAACAAAAUCGAUUGACACUAUCAUUUCAUCAUCGAUCGAUACCGGUCAGAUACCAUCGAUCGACACCCUUCGCGAAUCAGAGCAGAAAGAGUUUGAAGUGUGUCAGAAUCUUUUUGAUGGAGGCACCACCAUGCGAUCAGACAAGUCUGGGGAAAAGAAAAGGCGGAUUUGGAAGAAGAGGAAAAGGAUCAAGGGAGAUCCUCAGUUAUCAUUGAUUCCCCACUUCUCAGAUGGUGUCAGAAAACCCAGAGUGCGCAGCAGAUGCUUCUCACAGCCUUUUGCAAAGCUGAAAGCACUCCUUAUUGCUGAAAUGAUAGACAAAGGAGAAGAGUACACAAGAAUGAUAAAGCUUCAAAGAGUAGACAUUGAGAAUUGGUUUGGAGCAAGUUCUCAUUCUUAUGCGGACUUAAUCAGAUCUCCAAAAGUCAAGCUAAUGACUAAAAAUAAGCGCUGAGUGGGGAGGCAACCCACUGUUAGGUAAUUUUAAAUAUGGUUUAUCUUUCAUUUAUUACUGAUUCUUUGUUUUCUAAAGAUUUUAGGUAAAAAAAAAAACAGUAACGACGGUACUGUAGCAGAGACACUGUAGCAUCAACAUCGAGCGACACUGUAACAUCGAGCGACACUGUAAAAGGACAAGAUCCGAGGAAGACGAGAUUGCAGGAGAAUCGAUGAUGGCUACGUAGAAUCGAUCGACAGAGCAUCAAGAGUAUCAAUCGCCACUUAACUAUGUUGCUCGACACUCACAUCCAAGCAGGUGAAGAUAUGGAAUCAUUGAAGAAAGCAAGUGGAGGUUACAUUAUUUUGCAAUUUAAGAUGAGAUAUAUUCUGGUGAUUGUGUUAAGAGUUUAGCUUCUUACUGUAGUACAACGUAUUCUUUAUGUAGUUUUCUGAUUCUAAGUACCUAUGCUUCUACUUUGUGAUUCACUCAGUUGAUGAUGAAACAUCCAUGGCCGUACACAAGAUAUCUUUCAAAUAAAAUACUCCCUCUGUUUCGUAUUAGAUGAUGUUUUAGAAGAUUUUUGUUGUUUCAAAAUAGAUGAUGUUGUAAUAUUUUUAUGUUAUUUUUAGCUUUAUUGAAAACUAUGUAAACAAUUAGAUGUUGUAGUCAUUUCUGUAAUUGGUUGGAUGAUUUUUAAAUUAUAUUUUUAAAACUAUUUUUUAGAAAAAAGUAAAUUUCUUAAUCUUUGUGCACUAAAGAAUAACAUCAUCUAUUGUGAAACGGAGGGAGUAUAUAUUAUUAGAUAAAAUAGGACUACCUGAUAAAAAAAUUAAAAUCAUAAUCAUUGUAAAUUUGUAAAGUAAAUAAAAAUAGUCAAAUGUAUUUGGAACCAAUGUACCCAUUAUACUUUCAAAACUAAUAAUAAUAUUUGUUUUAAAAUCCUAAUCAGUUUAGAUGAUACAGUUUAUUUGGUAAAAUUUUAAAUAUGUUUAAUAUUUUUUCAACCGUAACGACAAAUAUUAAAUUAUUAUACAGUGUAGCUAAUUUUUAAAAAUAAAUUUAUAUCAAUUCACUUUUUCUAUUAUCUAAUCAAUGGAUUAUAAACUCGUAUAAAUGUAUAAUAGAGAUAAAUAAUUUAUAAUUCAUGUAUGUAACUUUAACUGUAAAUUCGGAUAGCUUAUUUACUUAAUUAUCUGAUUAAAUUAAAACAAACAUUUACAGUGAAAAUAGUUAUCAAAAUUAUAUUUUUAACAAAAACAACAAAACCAAAGAAUCACUUUUAUUAAGGAUUAAAUAUUUUUAAUUAUGUAUAAUUUUUUUAAAAAAAAGUUAACAAUUUUUCAUUUGGCUUAGAUAAUAUUAGUUUUUCCUUAACAUAUUUCUUUGGCAUGAUCAUUGCAUAAUCAUAUACACAUGAAAGACAUCAUUAACCUAUUAUAUUAGAUUGUACUUCAUAGAAUAAUGAAGGUUACUGUCAUUUUAAUUCAGUCCAAAAACAUUUAUUAAAAAUAACAACAUGAUCUCCGAAUUCUAUUUAUUUAUUUUGUUUAUAAUAUCAUUUUUAAUCUACAAUAUUUUUAAAAAGUGCUUCAUAAAAUUAAUGUAAAUUCAUAUAAAAUAUUUUUUUUUUCUAACUUUCCGUCCUUAGGGCGCGCCGACCCUAGUAUGAUAGGAAGAUAGGUCCACACAAACCUUAUGCAAAACCCAACUUAGAUAAAAACGUUUUUUGCUGUGAAGCAUGGGCUUGGCCCGAUUCAAUAGAGGGCUGGGUCCAGAAGGAAUAAGAAAAAAAAAACUUAAAACCCCUCAAGUCUUCUUCUUCGCUGACUUGAAAACUCCUAUAAAAAGAGCUCCCAGGACAAGUUCUGCCAAAGAAUGUAAGUAUUUGUUUCCCGGGACAUUUUUCUUUAAGGGUUUGCAUAAAACAAAUCAAUGUCAGAAAGUUAACCUUUAGCCCUGAUAUGAAAGAAUUCCAUGUCGAGGAUAAUCGUUAAGGGUUUUCCAAAUAUAUAACAGAAGAUGGACUUCGAGGUGUCUUCUCAACAAAAAGAGAAAUAACAGACGUGAAAUUGAUGCGUUUUAGGUACACUACUAGUAUAUUAUUCAAUUUGAGUCUAGUUUUGAGUCACUAGUAUCGUUUUUUUGCUUUGCAGUGAUGGCAGAAGUAGGCAGUUUGCUUUUAUUGGAUUCCGUAAAGAAGAAGAAGCUCAAGAGGCUAUCACUUAUUUAAACAAGACUUAUAUUGACACUUUGCGAAUAUCUGUUGAGGUUUUCACUUAAAAACUUGAGACUCCGUUUCAGUUGUGUUAGUAGUUUGAAUCUGAUUUAGACUACUCCUUUGGCUUUAUAGGUUGCGAACCCUCCGAGUAGUUUUGAUUCACUCGAGAAAGAAGGGAAAUUUAAUGAGAAUGGUGAUAAAACUUCUGAUGCUAAUUAUGCUCAAGGAACCAUAAAGAUUAAGAAGAAACCAGAGGGUGAUGAUCCUCGGCUCCAAGAAUUGCUUGAGGAUAAGCGGAAAUUCUGGUCAAAUAACAUGUUUAUUCCUCGCAAAGAGAAGGUCUCGCCAGUAAUUUCCAUUGGUGCUAUGCGUAACAAAGCUAAAACAUUGUUGCUCUUGGUGAUGAUAGCCCUGUUCUUUUAUAAGACGUUGCCAUGGGUGGUGCAUCAAAAUAAAUAUACGACGGAGGCAAACUGAACGUGUUUUGAAAAAAACAUCAGCCGCCAACAAAUUCCGAAGACACAAAAUGCAGAGACGCCAACGCUGCUAUUUCCAGCGUCAGAUUUAUCCAUUUUUAUUGGCCUCAGCGGCUAAAAAAAGAAGCAGUUUUUUCCCAUCAGCCGUGAAUUUGCCAUGGGAAUAGUUGUUGUUUCUGGACGCUAACUCUGAUCGCAGCGUCACAGAAAAGAACAGUGCUAUUAUGGAAUACUUCAAGAGUAAGAUAAAGAAAAAUCUGUCGGACCAGUAAUGAUGAAACUGAUACUAGUGAUACAAUGGAGGUAGAAGCCGAUUGCGAGAUCGCUGUAUAGGAUGGAUUUGACCAUCCCUCAAGGCCCGAAUAAUAGAUGACCCGGCCCACGACGACAUAGCGACAGUUCGGCUCUGCGGCUCAGAGCACCGACUCCUCGGCGCGAUCCGAAGGUACUUUUAGUCGAUCGCACGAUAGACUAAACGCAUGUGGCUUAACGGCUCCCCGAAACAACUUGGACUUUUCGGUCCAACGAGUUAAAAGCCCGUGAAGACGACGCAAGCUAAGUCACGGAAGAGCACCAAGUCGACUAUAUAAUGAGAAAGGAGUGCAAUGUAAAGAGGAUCCGAAAUCACUCACACAUAUUCGGCAGCUAGAUUAGGGUUUUACUUUUACUCUCUUGCCGUAUUGUAUCUUUCCAGCAAAACUUUUCGAGCUCUGGUUUUCCUUUCUUUUACGCAUCUCCUUUCCUUGUAACCGAUCAAACGCUUUUCCAACUAUCUAUAAGACGUCUUUGCUUAA